ACCAUGCAUGUUUUUUAAGCGUCAUAUCAAUGCACGGAUAAGUAGGGCAGAACGAAUUCACAAGCCGUAUUCAUUUUUAUUAUUUUUAAACCUAACCUUUAUCAGCUGUCUGUACACUGUGGAGGCAUUUUAAAACUAUACGACGAUGGAUUUGAUCGAAGGAUGUAAAAUUGCGGCAGUUUUUGCCACUGGUUACAUGGCUGGGGCAGGGAUUUACAUAUCGUUAGUAGAGGUGCAAAGCAGACGAUCAUUGCCACCCAAAGCGUUAUGGAUGCAGUUUACGAAAAGUUUCAAAAUGGCGGCAAAAUCAAUGAUACUUUCAACAUUAGUUACCGCUAGUGCACCCACCUACCUGUACUUUGCCCUUGAGGGGUCAAGGUCACGCAACCUGUGGCUGGUGUCCCCCGCCACCUUCCUUGUCGGAUCCAUCUAUACCUUCACCGUCAUCAUCCCAGAGGUCAACGUCAUGUUGGACGAGAACGUCGUAGAGAAAAAAGGUGAAAAGUGGUUGGAAGGAGCUGUAGAGAGAUGGAACAAAAGAAACCUCUUUAGAACAUUGAUAAAUACGGCUAAUUUCAUUUGCACGAUUGUGGCUGCCAUUCGAUCUUAACGAACUUAGGAGUAUUAUUCUUUAUGCUAGCCCGCUUCCUGCACGUGCAGAUAUGUAUAUUUCUAGAAAUGCGCUAUACGUAAAUUUUGCGUAAA